AUGGACGGAAUGCCAUGGAAUCUGAUUAGCGGGGAGUUUGCAAAAACACCAAACCUCGACAAAGUCGCGAAAAAUGGGGUAACAGCGAAGUACAUCAAGACAGUAGUCCCGAGCAAAACAUGGCCGACGCACGUAUCAUUCGUCACUGGUUUGUAUCCUGAGUCACACGGGUUGGUUUCCAACAAGUUUUGGGAUCCAGUUUACGAUGAAACGUUUAUCCUGGAGUAUGACUGUACGACUUUUGACCCAAAAUUUUACAACGAAUCCGAACCUAUAUGGCUGACACUGGAGCGGUCAAAGAAAAACAAAGGCCGCAGUGGGGUGUACUUUUGGCCGGGCUUUGGCGGCUGGAAACCAAUUCCCCAGCUUCUACAGACACCCGAUUUGUAAGCUGAACUGUAGCGCUGUUGAUCCUAAAGACCUCCCUAGCCUACGCAACAAGACGCGAAGCUCGUUUCCACCCUACGAGCACUGCUAUCCCGACUUUUUUAACGAAACUGAGACAUUUCCUCGUCGAGUCGACCGUGUCAUUAGCUGGCUAAAAUCUGAUGAUCCUCCUCGCUUUGUCGCGUUGUAUAUUGAUGCACCGGAUUGGAAAGGUCAUUCGGGCGGUGCUUUGUCCAAAGUCUACAAAGACUCCAUUGAAGAAGUGGACCGGGAUGCUGUGGGUUAUCUCAUGGACCAGCUUAAGAAUGUGUCGUUAAUUGACAAAGUGAACGUGAUCUUCGUAAGCGAUCAUGGCAUGGUGAACGCAUCUUCAGAACGAGUGAUCGUUUUGGAAAACUACAUCGACCCGUCAACAUACCGACUGGUAGAGGGUGGAACUAUUGGGCACAUCUGGCCAAAUGAGGGCAUGUUAGACGAAAUCUACAACAACCUGACGAAACCCAACACUCCUGAUCACUUAGCUGUGUACAAAAAGGCAGAUAUCCCUGACGAAUACCACUGGAAACACAAUCGGCGUAUUCCGCCCCUUUAUCUUGAACCAGACCCCGGGUGGACUUUAGCCAAGACCAACGCUUCCGUCAGACAAGGAACAUGGGUCCGAGGGGAUCACGGCUGGCCACCACAGAAAUCGAAGACGCAUUCUAUUUUAUUCGCCCAAGGGCCUGCAUUCAAAGUGGGUUACGAGAUAGAGCCCUUCUCUAUUCUUGAUCUUUAUCCAAUGAUGUGCGAUUUACUGGGUAUAGAACCUCGCCCUAACAACGGAACCAUGGCAACUGUUAAGAAGAUGUACAAAGACGAGCCUGACGACGAGCCUGACGACGAGAAACCG